AUCCGGUUUAACGGUGGAGACCUGAACGCGUCCGGAGGGUCGGACCGGUGUGUCUCACAUGGACGUUUGAGGACAUGUCUGAGGUUCACGUUUGGACGCAUUGAAGUGGUUGCCGUCAGAAUAAAUUAAAGGGGAAAGUCAUAUGAAGGGAGGUCGACUUUGACGCAUCACCGACUCUUAUCGGCGAGGAGCAGACAGAUGACAGUAACGUUCUUUUUGCCGCAAAAAUGCUUCCUCGGUUGGGCAAGGAGUUUCUGGUCCGGAUGCAGUUCAACUGGCGGCCGCUGUUCCAGGGCCGAGCCCUGCUCCUCACAAACACCCUGAGCGGAGGAGUGUUAUUGGCGCUUGGAGACAUUGUGCAGCAGAGCCGGGAGAACUUAAAAAAGCCGGGCAGAGUACGAGACUGGAGGAGGACAGGUUGCAUGUUUACGGUGGGCUGCUCCUUGGGUCCGGUGCUGCAUUACUGGUACCUCUGGCUGGAUGGAGUGUUUGUGGGCAAAGCUCUGAAAACGGUGGGCAAAAAGGUUCUGGUGGACCAGGUGAUCGCCUCACCGUUUUUGGGCAUGUGGUAUUUUGUAGGUAUGGGUGUCAUGGAGGGACACACUAUAUCUGAAGGAUGGAAGGAGUUCACAAACAAGUUCUGGGAGUUUUAUAAGGCGGACUGUUGUGUUUGGCCUCCUGCUCAGAUGAUCAACUUUUACUUCCUUUCGCCCAAAUUCCGUGUUGUAUACAUCAACUUCAUCACCUUAGGGUGGGACACCUACCUUUCUUACCUCAAACACAGAGACGACAGCCCCCCCGCUGAGCUGCUAUCAGACAGCAGCGCCGUGGAUAUUCAGCAGGAAGCGCUGCGGCCGUCCGAACCUGUGGAGGAGGCGAAAGCUUAGAGACCACGGACUUCUUUUCCAUCAUUGAAAGGUUAUAAAGGAGAUUGAGUUUCCUCCGACAAACUUUAUCCUAUAUUUAACCUUUUAUCAAGUUUAAAACAUCUGUUUCUGUCCGAGCUCAGAGGACUUGGGGAUGUUUAGAGCUAAGAUGUGUGUCUGUAUAUUCAUAUCUGAAAUGUGGACUCCUGUAGGAGGAAUCAGGGAUGAAAUGAUGUUUUACUGCCUAUCAAGCUUGAUGCCAUUGAUUCUGCCUUCCUUAAGGUAUUUAAAUGUAAGUUAAUUGUUGCACAUUUUUUUGCAAAACUACAAUGUUUAAAUUGUAUAAUACCAAAUAGUGGCAUUCCUUUUGUAUUUUGCUUUUAAUAUAUCUAAUAUAAAAUUAUAAUAAUCAAAAUUAGUUAACGCUAUUAUUUACCUGCAUUGACUUUGCCUUAAUGUGUGGAUCCGUAGUACGUUUUGAUGAAAACUAACCUUGACUUCAGGUUUAUCCCUUUUGAGAUGUUUAUGGAAUAAUUGCACAAUUAUGAUUACGUGCUUAAAGAUAAUCAUUUAUCAUCAUACAAUCAUUUAUUUUCACGUUUUAUUUUUUACCAUAUCUAACUCAAUCCUCAACUGUAGUUAUAAACCUGAUGUAUUUUGGACUGAAGAAAUUCUAUUUUUCUUCUUAUUUUUUCAUUUUUAAUGUGACUUGGUAUGCUGUACGUACUGUAAAUGUCCAGCUUCUAUUUCAUUCAUUCAUAUUUAAAAAUAUAAAUUCUGUCUGAAACAAA